UUUUGAGCCACUCGUUACUGUGACCGUCUUCUUCCAACAGCGAAUUGAUGUUAGGGUUUUCAGAGUUGCAGUGUUCCCUGACUUUUUCACUCAUCAUCAUUGACGCAUCAAAAACGAUUCGAAUGAUGCGUUUCCAAUAACCAAUUCUCGAAUAGCAUUGCGGUUUCACCAACAUUUCGUAACUCUAAUUCGCGGAAUUAAAAGCUUUGUGCAACACGGAACAAUGGCUUAUGUUGAUGAGGAUGGUUCUUCUGGCUCUGGAGAAGAUAUGAAUAUGUUGGAUGGACACAAACGUCACACUGCUGUUGUUGUUCCGUCUGGUUCCAGUGGCCGGAAGCGUAGCCGAAAAGCUACCGGUGACGCUAUAGUCGAUGCCAUGCUUGAGAUAGCAGCCGCUUCAAAGAUGAGGGCAUCUAUAAUUUUGAAGAAUGAGGACAGGUUCUCUAUUAGCAAAUGCAUUAAGGUGUUGGAUGAAUUGCAAGGUGUUGAUGAACGCGUUUAUUUUCAUGCUUUGGAUUUGUUUGAGAAUAGUUUUAGUGCCCGCGAGAUUUUCGUAUCUCUUAAGGGUGAAAAGAGAUUGCCAUGGUUGCAGGGAAAAUGCAGUGUCCUCUCUAGUUGAAAUUGUUAGUGAAAAUAGUUUUUAUUAUGUUGAAUAGGUGUUUCAUAACUUUUUGUACAGUCAAGUAGAUUGAAAGUGAAUUGUGUAUAUAGAUUUGGAAUAUUUGAAUGCUAAUGAUACAUUUUGCCCGUUUUAUAAUGUCUAAUCUAUUGCUGGGAUUGUUGUUU